CUCUUUUCCCUGAGGGAUGUUGACUAUGAGCGACCCUAGGUAGGAAGGACUCUCGAGGAGGAGAAUGAGGAAGAGUAACCGCUGGCUGUGACAGUGACAGUUGCUCCUCUCCUCCAUCCCCUCCUUCAACUUCAUCAUCAGCACCAGCAUCAUCAUCACCCGCCUCGGCAACAGCAGCUUCAGCUUCAUCAGAGGCAGAAGGAGUGUCCGUCGAGAGAGUGGAGAACGAAAAACCUAAGCAGCACGCAGCUUUUUUUAAAAAGAAAAAAAAAGAAAAAAGAAAAGGUGCUCCACUUGAGACGGAAGAUGGAGAAAUGGCAGUUGCAGAUGAGCGAAUGUAAGGACCAAGAAAUUCGACAAAAUCUUCUUUUAUGACAAAAACCCGGAUCCGUGCAACAGUAGGAACUAUUUAAGGAACAAAAAGAUUGCCCCAUUUGACGCCCAUACAACAUGGAUAUAUCUUCAUCUUCGCUUCAGUACGGAUCAAAAAAGCGGGUCAAGAUUCACCCCAACACAGUGACGGUGAAAUAUGCCACUCACUUCCCUCAGCCUGGAGAUGAGGGCUAUGACGAUGCACCCUCUUUUGAGGACUUUGGCGCCUUUGCUGAAGCCAAUGUGGGGAAGAGACUGGUGUCAGAUAGCAAAGGUGGCAGGACUUUCUUUGGAACCAUGGAAACCCAACCUAAGCAGCCAAGUGUGCAAAGAGACAAGGGCGUUGAGGGGCAGCUGGCCAGCUUUGGCGAGGCGAAUGUGUUGGCCUCCAGGGUGACCUGGAUGGCCUUGUUUGGGGCAGCAGUAGCUCAUGGCUGUGUGGCAUUGAUUACUCGUUUAGCAGCUGACCGUUCUAAAGUUCCUUCUCUUGAGCUACUAUUCAUCCGCUCGGUGAUCCAAGUGCUGUCCAUCCUGGUGGUCUUCUACUACCACGAAGCCCCCUUUGGCCCCAAGGGCUAUCGACUGCGUCUCUUCUUUUACGGUGUCUGCAACGUAAUCUCAAUCACCUGCGCUUACACAUCCUUUGCCAUAGUACCACCUAGCAAUGGCACUAUCAUGUGGCGUGCCUCCACCACAGUCUUCAGUGCAGUUCUAGCCUUCCUGCUGCUGGAUGAGAGGCUGGGCUAUACUGAUGUAGUCACAGUGGUAGGAAGCGUGUUUGGCUUGUGCCUGGUUAUGGUGCCAAAUGUAGCAGAUGAGGAGAAGUCCAGGCUGGGGUUUUGGAAGGAGGCCUUUGGCUACACAAUGACAGUGAUGGCCGGCAUGACUGCUGCCCUCUCCAUGAUCGUCUACAGGGCCAUUAAGGAGCGGGUCAGCAUGUGGACCGCACUCUUUACCUUCGGCUGGACGGGCACAGUUUGGGGCGCCUCCACCAUGUUUAUCAUGCAGGAGCCCAUCAUUCCUCUGGAUGCGGAGACCUGGGGCUAUUUAAUUGGGAUUUGUAUCUGCUCCACUGUGGCAUUUCUCGGAGUCUACUAUGCUCUAAAUAAGUUUCAUCCAGCCUUAGUGAGCACCGUGCAGCACCUGGAGAUUGUGGUUGCCAUGUUUCUCCAGCUCAUCGUUCUGAGGAUGAUCCCCUCUGUCUAUGACGUCAUCGGGGGCCUAGUCAUCAUGAUUAGUGUGUUUACUCUGACUGGAGUCAAGCUGUACAGGGUGAGCAGAGCCAUUCGGCAGGAUUACCAAGAGAUCCUGGACUCACCCAUCAAAUGAAUUUAGAUGUCAGUCUAAUUGUUUACAAUGUUGCUUGGUUGUACAAUUCAAAGAAUGUCUGGGUCGUCAUCUGAUGAUUUUGUAUUGUUGUGUUGUCAAAUGAGUGCCAGUUGUGUAACUAAUAAAAAAAAUGGUGUCUUAAUAUUUGUGUGGGAAAUAAUAAUAAAAAAAAGGCAGAUAUAACAUGG